AUGAGAGAGGUGGAGUUCGUCAGUGGUGAGGGCUGGAUAUCCGAUGAUUCAAGCCUCUACGGUGAAGAGGGCAAUCAAUCUUUCGGUGAUAGAACGAUCACUGAUAUCAACCGUCACCAAAAGGGUCUCAAUGCGGCGCUCUUGUGCGAGCCACCGCUGCCAGUCACCCUGGACUUGAACAAUGCUGGACGAUAUAGCUGGCAUCAAUCUGAGUCUCCGGAGGAGUUCGUUAGGCGUGUGCCCCCUCUUACCACCACUAUACAGCAAUGUGACUGGAUUUGGGUGCACAAUCCCUAUCUAAGCAACAAAGCAAUGGAGGAAGCCAGACUUAUGCGUUGUGGACAAGAAUUGCUAAAGAGUAAAGAAAUAACUGGCGAGGAUUUACAGGAAGAGAUUACAGAUCUUGCUGUGGAAACUAAUGUCCUCAGUGGAAAGUGGAUGUUGUUUCCCAAGCUAGACGCUGUUACCCGAGUAUGGCGGCUUGUGGUUGAAGGUGUGAUCAACAACAAACUUGGGCCAACCGCCAAAGUGUCUCCAUUCAAUGAGGAAAACAAUGCUCGCCUUAUAUGCGUCUAUACAAAGGACUUCACAGAUCAAGAGGAUGUAUUCCGUGUCCUCCUAGAGCUGGUAGCUAUGGGUGUCGUGAGCUCCAACCAGGCUAUUUACUACAAGACUGAUGUGUACACCAUGCUUGGUAUCUACGGUGCCAACGCUGCCGGUUACGGGCUUAAAGCCAGUCACUUCUCCAGCCAAAAGAUGUUGGCGGACGGACCGAUCAAGCAAAGGGGGCCAAGGCAGCGGGAAUUGACAGAACCCCUGCCUCGAAAGAGACAGAAAACGCUCGACGGGCUGAUCAAGCCUGGAGGCACACAGAUUCCCAAGUGA